AUGCCUGACUCGGACGUGUUCCCAUCUGCACCGGAAGACACGGUGUUGGAUCACCUGAUUCGUGGGGCUUUGUUGAUUGCUGCUUUCAUCCAAGUGUACUUUUUCUGUAUGGCCCUGUUCCCCGUGAGCGAGAGUGUGACUGAUGUGCCAGUCUCGGGAAAAACACGACAACGACGAUCCGGGGAACGGGGAAAACGAAAACAACAUUAG